AUGGUAGAAAAGAAGUCAUAUCACGAUUCAGGCAUCGAUGAUGUAACGGCCAUGCCUGAUGAUGUUUACUACAGUGAUAUUACUUUGGAUCAAUCAUCCCAGGACGAUGAUAGCGAUUUGGAUGAGCUUGUGGCUAACGAGAUAUCACUACCUUCUCGGUCCUCUUUCAAUCGGCUACAAAGGAAACCGCGACGCGAACGUACUACAUCAUCCACAUUUUUAGCCUCUGCAUCAACAGGGAAACCAAAGUAUCAUCAACAACCACAUUAUGGAUCUGUACGGAUGUCACCGGAUGACGUAUAUCGCCAACAAGAAGCAAUGGAUAGCAGCAGACCAUUUUUUAUUUCCCGGGCUCUUCCUCCACCGCCGCCACCAUCACUUCCUUGUGCCAUUACUCAACGAUGCACAGCAGCCUCAUUUGCUUCCACCAAGCCAAUGAUACCUGCCAAAGGUAUUCUCAAGAAAGGGGCACCAGAAUCAUUACUAUCCAGCAAUCAACAAAUCCAACAGCAACAUCAAUUACACGCUGCUAGUGUUGAUUAUCUUUCGACUACCAAGGAUGAUAGUGAUGAUGAUGGCGACGCAUUAUUAUCCAGAGGUACCAGUGGUGGUACGAUGCGACGUAUCAAGAACAAGAUCCGUCAUUAUAUCUUAGCACAUAAACACAACAACAACCGAUCAUCACCACCGCCUUGUGAAGGUUGCCCAUCCACUACAUCUGGUAUCUCUGUGGUCUCUGCCAAUAGCACCAACCGGCAACAAGUUGUCUUCCAAAAGAAAAAGGUUAGAUACAACAAGAUGGUGCUUGUACAAGAUACCUAUGCCUCCUACGAAUACGAUCGAUCACCCGAUCCACAGUCCUCCUGCAUGCGUCUUACGCAGGAAUACGUGGAUGAAAUCAAGAAUGAAGUAAACUUGUUCAAGUUUGAUGAAAUGGUGGUACAUCCCUGCAGUAGGAUUUAUACACAUUUCUAUAGUAUUUGA